UUAAACCAUUAGACCAUGGACUCUCUUUUAUACAAGUUGACUUCAUGAUUAAACAAAGAGGCGAUGUUGCUCAUUAGAUGACGCUAGGUUGGAGAAGAUACGCUUACACAGUUAAACCAAACACAUCACGAACACUUUGUAGAAAGGUGAUACACCUUUGAUAAAUUAAGACAGACUGGUCUAAAUAGUUGCGGCAGACUCAGUCGGCCGAGUGUUACACUGCGCUGAAAGUGACGGUUUUUUGGGCAGAAUUGGUGCCUCGCAGGUGAAAUUUUACUGGAAAUGUGGUGAGCCUUAACGAGGAGUGAGAUUAUAAGAGGACAAACGAGAAGAAUGUUCUAUAUGACUGGAGAAGAGAGAGACAGAAGAUGCAAGACAUUUUCGUCAAACUCAAACUUUAAUGUGUUGUGACAAGAAAGUUAUCUUGAAGUUCGUUCCGUUGGUGAAGUGCAAUGUGCGAAUUUUGUUACCGUGGAAAAGGUGAGCAAAUGUUUACGGUACGCUUUUAGGUAGAAAACCCAAAGACAGACGCGUAUCAAUUAGGCGUUAAGUUAAAACGCAAACAGGCGAUGCAACUGGACAAUAUUUUGAUUUCUCAGAAAACUUCGCACCUUUAGGGCUGACCUUACUCUUCAGCUGAAGUUGCUUGUCCAAAACCCUGGAUUAAAGUGACAUGUUUACAUUACGUCUUAAUCAUCUGGAAUUCUGGAAUCGGACAUGAACUUACAGUUCUGAGGACUUACCAGUUUGGCUGUCGUCGAUGUCGCAAAAACUUUGGUGAGGCAAAAAGUUGCCAAGAUGGACGCCGAAAAGCAUUGCGCGAGUCUCCGUAACAACCGAGGCUUUACGGCAAGGCAGCUGGACCGUCGCAGCGAGCAAGCCCGUCAGCUCAACAGCGGCGAGCAGAAACUUCUCAAAACCACUCUGGGGAGACUCGAGUCGAAGGAAAAGAAAUCUGUGAAGCUCUUGCGCCGGACCACCGAAGACUUGAAAAAGACUCUCCACGAGUUGAACAUGGCUGGCAAUUCAGUGAAAGUGUGGAUGGAUUUAGAGGCUCGGAACGCCACCAACGGCGGUUGCCACCUCCGCAGCACUUUCGCCAAUGUUGACGAAAAUGGCGGGAAAGCAGGUUUGUCUGAGUACAGCCGAUAUCGUCUGCCAAGGAUCAGCUCAGCCGCUCCGAAUCGCAGGCGUGGUAAUGACGUCCUCACUGCCAAGGGAGCAGGACCAAGAAGAUACAGCGAGAAUGACCUAACCCUGGCCAGCCAACUUUUACAGUUGAAACUAAAAAACGACGUUCCAUCAUCAGAGAGCGAUUCCGAAUCGGUUGACAAAGCCCGAGGUUUGGGUUACACAUCCACGCCGCCAGGGUCCAAUUCUCCCAAAAUUUUGGGCGACAAAUUUCCGGGAAAACACGCCUGGAUCGGCGGCGUGUACAAGACCGAUUCCCCGCGAGACUCUCCCCAAGGAUCCCCGCGGGAUUCGCCCCGUAACUCGCCCAAACUCUUCCACCGAACCCCGGACAUUCUGCACCGGUCCGUGUCCACCGAAAGUCUGGGCUUAAAGUCGCUCUCCAAUGCCAGCCUGAGUGAGAUAUCAGUUGAUGUGACCGUACUACCGGAUUCCCCAAUCGAGCAGCACAAAUGUCUCUCUUCGCCUCGUUCCCCUCAAUCUCCAUUUUCGUCCGUGAAAUCACAAGCAGCGGAUGAGGGAAACAUCCGUACGGGAGACAGGCCCGACACGCCGGCUUACAUACCGCGCCCGCCGCCCUCCCCUCGCAUCCCGAUCCCCAACAUCAAGAUCUCCCAAAGUAGCCGGAUGCAACCCGUUCUCGAGCUAGCAGACGCAGAUUCCUUAGUCCCAACAUCCCCUCUCAACCAUCCGUCUCCGUCUUGGCCAUCUGCGAGCAGUCCGGCCUCCGAGUGGCGAGCCGAGAAACCGCUGCGUGACGCCCGCCGUAAGGUCCUUCUCAACCUCCCCGCCACGUUCGCGGCUCUCUCACGCCGACGGCACUCAAGCCCGGAGAGCCAGGACGAGGCGGUCAAGAUCUGCCGGGAGAGAUUCUCCGAGAUGUUGGACAAGAGACGUGCGAGUGAGCAAACGGAGUUGCAAGCCAAGGUCAAGGAGUUUCUGGAGAAAACAAUAUCGUCAUCGUCUUCAAAUUCGUCUUCUGAACCAGCCAUCGAUGGAUAGUUCACUCCACAACAAAAUAGUUGUCACAACUAAUUGCAGGGUAUGGACAAUUUGAAAAUCGAUUGGAAUAACUGUUUAUCUUUUUAUUUUCCAAAAACCUAGACUUGGAAAUGGAGGUGGCUAGAUCAUUUAAAAAAGUGUUGUUACUGUCUUCAGAUUCCAACUCUUCAGUUUAGGAAAAUAUUUUAGAAUGCAACUUUUUGGGGAAAAAAGGAGUGCAAGUAUUGUUUGGGCGAUCAGCAUACACCCUGUUCAGAAAAAAAAAUUUUCUCCGAGUUGUCCCACUUGGGCAAUUUGCAUUGAGUUUUCAAUGUGUUUCUGAUUCCACGAAGUUUAAUCUUAUUGAGGGGCCGGGGUGUUAAAUAAAAACCUUAAAACCUUCUCUAACACGAUAUGGAUUUGGGAAAGACAACGAACUCAGGAUUUUACUUGUAUUUUGAACCCGUGUUCCACAUAACUGCAACAGUUUGUUGUCCUUGUAUAUAAGCAGUUAAAAAAAUUAGCUUACGAAAUACAAAUACAUCAAAUAUUUUUCUCAUUUUGUUUUAUUCCAAGUAAUAUUUACAGCUUUUGUACAAUUUGCCUGAUUAACAAUAAACAGCCAUCAAUGGUAAUUUCCUCACACUUAAUAUUACAAGAUUAAUAAAUUAAAAGUUCAUAAAUUAAAAGUUAGAAAAUAUUGCAUAACAAGACACUAGUGCACAGUAAUUUCAAUGGAUUUUUCAUAGAUGUAGCACUAAAGUGCAGAAAUUAUGUAAAUCAGCACUUAUUGUCCAGAGAGGUACUACUACAUGAUAUAGCUUGAAAUCCAUGGAAUGUUUGUUUUUCCAAAAUAAAUUAAAAGAUUACGGCUGACCAACACAAACUACAUAAAUCGUUGCCACACACUUUUGAAGUUCUUCCUAGUCAUACUGCAAACUAAUCACCUAUUAGCAGUCUGGCCAUGUUUGGGUAAAAAAGCAAAUUUUUGGUGAAGAAAUUUCAUUUAUUACCUCCGCCAAGGAGGUUACGUUUUCAUCGAAUUUGGUUAAUUUGUUGGUUGGUGUGUUUGUUGGUUUACCUGAUAACAAGAUAACUCAAGGAGUUAUGGACGGAUUUGCAAGAAUUAUUUUUAGGGGUGGUCCUUGGUACAAGUACAAAUCGAUUCGAUUUUGGAAGUGAUCGGGAUCUGGAUCCAGGAUUUGUUUGAAGGAUUCUUCACGAUUUAUACCAGUAUUUCUUUUGGGUGUACUGACGAUAUGACUGGGAGUUCUUCAGCCUUGGCAGAUGUUUGCACUCUCUGUGUGCUUUUUAGUUUGUAUAAAUUACUUUGUAUUUUUUUUUAUUGGUAUUAGGUAAAUACUGUUAUUAUUAUAUUGGUUUACAUUCAUUCAACUUGUUACAAUACUGUAGUUGUCUAAGAAUAAUAACUUAGUAGAAUUAAGACUUACAAAAUAAUGGUAAGCAGAAACUACUGGCUUAGAACAUUUACAUGAGGAAACAAAUUGUCUGCUUAAUCAUAUUUUGUUUUGCUGUUAACAUUUUGGGUGCAAAGCAAACAUUUUUUUGUGCCUAGUUAAUGUCUGUGCUUAAAGGUAAUAAACCACAUUUGCUUUUGCUGUAAUUUUC